GCAAGAAGAAGAGGCUGAGUCCACUCUAGGUGCUCAAAAGAAACCGAGGCAAGGCUGGGGCAGAGGGGAGGCGGUUUCGCUCCCUUAAGCCUAAAUCAUCUGGGUGGGCCCACCAAGCACCCACGGAGCCCACCUUGAGAGGAAAGGCUGAAGGCUCCAUCUUGCUUCCAAAGUCUCAGAUUAAAAUCCCUUGGAAGACACAGGGCUAAGAUAACCACGAAGCAGGAACACCAGCCCCUUGGAGGAAGAGCCGAAGUGCAAACAAAGGCUUAAUGCUUCAGCAUGCGACUCAGGGCAGAGGAAAGGAAGCAAGGGGGAACUCUGAUUUUUAUCGUAGAAAGCAACUCUUGCUGGUGGCUGGGCCAAGAAAUGGAAAACAUCCCUUGCUGAGCUUCAGCCAAGGUAUAAAUGCUAGGAACAGCACGAAGCCAAGAUUCUCCUCCCCUGCUGCCUCCUGGCCAAAGACCGCAGAGAAAGUCCAGGGGGAAGCAGCCCGCUCUCCCCCCCCCCAUCUGAAAAGCAGGGGGCAAGCCUGGACUUGCCUUUUUCCCCAUUUUGGCCAGACCAGGAAACAGAGGAUCCACCACACCUUGGUGGAUAGCAACCAAUGGGAGGGAGGGGGGAGAUCAGCUGUUGCUGUCUUGGAGAUGAGGGAUCAGCUGUCCUGCUCUCCUGGCAGCCCAGAAAAACAAGAGUGAAGCACAGCUAGCAAGACCGGCCAUCCCACCGGCUGAGCCCAGAGAAGCAGAAACCCCAGAGGGGCUUCCAAUGGGCAGAGGGGAGCUCCAGAGUCUUCUGGGGUAGGAAAAGGGCCGCUUCUGACUGACACCUGGGCGAUGGCUUCUGGAGAGACGCAAGGCCAGAGUCUCAGCUCAGACACCUACCUGCCUAAACUCCUAGAGGGGCUCCAGAACCUGCGUUCCCAGAAUGCCCUGUGCGACGUGGUGCUGGAGGCCGAGGGGGCCUCGUUCCCCGCCCACAGAGCCCUCCUUGCCGUGGGCAGCAGCUAUUGCAGGAUGUGCUUUGUUAGGGAGCCGGCCGGCCAGGCAAGCUCGCUCAAACUGGCCCCGCCAGUGACCGCCCGGGGCCUGCAGGGUGUCUUGUCUUUCCUUUACUCCAACCGGCUGGAGCUGACUCUGCAGACGGUCGAGGAGGUCUUCCGGGCGGCAGAGGCCUUGCUGGUGCGCGAGGUGAUGCGCCUGGCCUUCUGCUUCCUGGAAGGAGCCCUGGACCGGCACUCCUGCCUGCCCAUCCUCCGCCUCGCUCGACGGCUUGGCCCAGAAGAACUGAGGCUGAAGGUGCAACGCUGGGUGAGCAAGCACUGCGGACACAUCCUGCGGGACCCUGCGCAGCUGAAGGAGCUGGACAGGGCGACCCUGUGCGACAUCCUGGACGGAGGGGACACCCAGGGGCUGACCGAACUGGAGCUCUUUCGGGCAGCCAUUUGCUGGCUGGACCACCACGGCACCCAGCCGGGAGAGGCAGCCGAGCUGCUGGGCCACAUCCGCUUUCCCUUUAUACCGCUCCCAGAUCUGCAGCGCUUCGUCCAGGAAGUAGCUGUCAUGAAAACCGAGCCUGCUUGCCGCCGAUACCUCCGGGAAGGGCUGGACUACCACGGCCAGCCGUACCUGCAGCCGCUUCUGCAGAGCGAGCGCACUCAGGUGCGCCACAGGAACGAGGUGCUGAUGGUGCUGGGGGGCAGAUCGGCAGACAAUGCCAUCUGCGGGGACAUCUGGGCUGCUGACCAGCAUGGCCAUUCCUGGACAGCCCUCGGGAAGCUGCAUGGGCCUGUGUACAAUCACUGCGUGGCCGUCCUCCAUGACUUUGUCUUCGUGAUGGGCGGGCAGGAGAGCUUUGAUCCGACAGGCCAGGAGCCUUCCAAGAAGGUGUUCAGGUUUGACCCUUGCCGCAACACCUGGCUGCAGCUGGCGAGCAUGCUGGUGCCCAGGACCCGCUUCUAUGCCGGGGUGCUGAAUGAGCAACUGGUGGCUGUGGGGGGUGGAGCGCUGCUGGGGAUGCUGACCGACACGGCCGAAGAGUACCGCCUGUCCAAGAACGCGUGGCGGCCCCUCACGCCCUUUCCAGUGCCGGUGGCCGACCACGCGGGGGCGACUCACGGAGGCAUCUUGUACAUCUCAGGGGGAUUCGCGCAGGGCCAGACCCUGAGCGUCAUGCAGAGCUACCUCCCCCGCCUACGCUGCUGGGUCAGGAACCGGCCGAUGGCCUUUGCCCGCUGCGAUCACGGGAUGGCAACAGUGGGAGACCGCAUCUUCUGCCUGGGAGGAAGGGCUCUGGCCAACGGCCAGCAGUGGGUCCCUGUGAGCGAGGCGGAGUACUAUUGCCCCGUCACUGAUCGGUGGGCCCGGCUCCGUCUGUCGGCCGUCGACCUCUGCCACUUCAGCCUCACCACCAGCCAGCUUCAUCUCUACAUCACAGGCGGGGGGUCUCUGCGGCGGAGGAGCAAAGAGGAUGGUGUCUGGGCCUGCCAUCCUAGCAGGGGAACCUGGGUAAAGUUGGGCUGUCUACCCCAGGCUCUGGCGGAUCACGCCUGCUGCUUCGUUCACCUGCCGCCCUGGAUGGCAGGCCCAGGAGGAGCCAAGAGAGAGGAGCCUUCGGACGGUGGGGGGAAAUAGCUGGAUCAAAGCAGUUUGGGCUUUCCUGGGGUGAUCCUCAGGGACAUGAACGGGCAGUCCGAGGCCCCACCCUGGAGAAAGGCAGCAUUUGCGGAAUGAAACAGAGCAUGG